AAACGUAGCUAGGGUUUUAGCUACUCGCCGUCGACCCAGAUUCAAAUCGAAAGCACAGAAAAUCAAAUUAGAAGCAGCGAUGUUCCAGGGAAUGUUUAUGCGGAAACCAGACAAGGCGGUGGCCUUGAAGCAGUUGAAGGAACACGUGGCCAUGUUUGGGGUGUGGAUAGCUGUGAUUCGUGUCACUCCUUACAUUCUUCAUUACCUCUCUGGUGAAAAGGAAGAGCUCAAGCUCGAGCUCUAGAUACCUCCUCUCGUUCUUUUCAGUGGGUCUACAAGGAGAGAAUCGGAUUGGAAUGUAAAAGGGUAUCCAAAUUUCAGGUUCCUUUUCCGCUUUAGUAUGAGGCCAUUGCGUAAUCACAUUUCGUUAUUUUAUUUUAUAUCUUGGCAUUUUGUGUGAGGAAAAUAAUUGCCAAAUUCGCUACGGGAAAAGUACAAAAAUGAGGUGGGGAUCUGAUCUGAUGACAUAGCAGCUACCAAAAAACAUAUCAUAUGCAGCUGCUCUAGUUUUCUGGACUUUCUGUUGUAACAUCCUCAUCGACAUUUAUCUGUUUUUCUCUUAGAAUUUGACUUUUGAAAGUAUUACCACUGGAUGCUGCAGCAAUGGAUCAAAUUUGCAGAGGCUAAGGUCUAAAGAGCCAAGCACCCAAACAACAGCUAAUACUAGUAAUAGAUAAAAUUUGGGUGCUUCUUGCUUACCAUUAGACGUGAUAACUGAUCGUAUCGGAUUUGAUUAA